GAACAAAGAUAAAGGAGGAGGAAGCCAGAAGGCCGCCGUCGACAAGACCUUCGGCAUGAAGAAUAAAAACAGAUCCACAAAAGUCCAAAAACAGGUCGCCGCCAUCCAAGCGCAGGCCGCAACCGCUGGCAAGUCCCGCGCAACGCUCGAGAAAGAAAAAGAAAAGGCUCUUCGAGAAAAACAAAAAGCCGAGGAAGAAAAGCGCGCCCGCGAGACCGCCGCAUUACUGAAACCCGUACAAACGCAAAAAGUUCCGUUCGGCGUUGACCCCAAGACGGUUUUGUGUGCAUUUUUUAAGGCGGGAACGUGUGACAAGGGAAAUAAGUGUAAGUUUAGUCAUGAUCCGAAUGUUGGGCGGAGGGUGGAGAAGAAGAACUUGUAUGAGGAUACGAGGGAGGACAAGAUGAAAGAUACAAUGGAGAAUUGGGACGAGGAGAAGUUGCGGUCUGUCGUACUCUCGAAACAUGGUAACCCAAAGACCACAACGGAUAUUGUAUGCAAGUAUUUUAUCGAGGCAAUCGAGACUCAGAAAUUCGGCUGGUUCUGGGAAUGUCCUAACGGAGGCGAGAAAUGCCAAUACCGACAUGCCCUUCCACCAGGAUUCGUGCUCAAAUCACAGAAGAAAGCAGCUGAAGAGGCCGCAAAAGCGAAUACCAUCAGUCUAGAAGAGUUCUUGGAAGUUGAGCGUCAUAAGCUAGGCUCGAACUUAACACCCGUCACUCCUGAGUCGUUUGCAAAAUGGAAGACAACACGGAUGGAUAAGAAGAAAGCUGAACAAGAAGCUUUGAAGAAAGCAAAGGACGUACAAGCCGCCGCGGGCAAGAACACAGGCAUGAGUGGACGAGAUCUCUUCACCUACAAUCCAGAAUGGUUCGCAGACGAAGACGACGAAGGGGAAGACGAAUGGGAUAUCGAGAAAUACAGACGAGAAACCGAAGCGGAGCAUGACGCGACGGAAGCCGCUCGGAUUGCUCACUUUAAUAUUCAGGAUGAGGGUUACCGAGAAAGUGAUGUCCCGGAAUAUUAAGCCAUACGUCAGCCGCAUUGUCAUGUGUAGAAUAUGCAUAUGCAUCGCGACUUUAUGAGAAGACAAGAUCGAGGCAAGGAUAUGGAGAAGGACGUUGUCCAAGGACACUUGUAUCACCUUCGGAUAUUGCAUUGCAAAUAUUUUAUUUUCGUUCACUUCAGCAUGUGUUGUCUUU